UGUAUCCACAAUUCCUCCCAUACCCCGCUGUAUAUCUUGUUAUCAAAAAUAUCUCAUCUGCUCUCAUCUCAACAUCAUUGCCAUAUAUAUUGUUCCACAGUAACUGGAAGCAAGCAAAACCAGUGCGUCAAAUUUUGCAAUGGCAGCCAUAGCUGGAGUGAGUAUCACAACCCCAAAAAUCUUUGCCAGUGCAUCAGUACGUUCCCCAAAACCUAGUCCCAUCAAGCUUUCAUUGCUAAACAGCCCAUGGAAGAGCUGCACCACCCAUCUCAGGAUGUACGUCCGGCCCGUGGCGGCAGCGCCUGAUAAGCUGUCGGACAAGGUGGAGGAGAGCAUCAAGAACGCCCAGGAAGCCUGCUCUGAAGACCCUGUUAGCGGUGAAUGCGUGGCGGCCUGGGACGAGGUGGAGGAGCUCAGCGCCGCGGCUAGCCAUGCUAAGGACAAGAACAAGGACUCUGAUCCAUUGGAGAAUUACUGCAAGGAUAAUCCCGAGACUGAUGAGUGCCGCACUUAUGAUAACUAAUUAAUUGCUCUUAUAUAAAUUUGUUGAGCUUUCCAACUUGUGUUAGAUGGUUGGUUGUGGAACAAUCUAGUUACAAACUCUUGCAUCCUGAAAACAAAAGUGAAAAUUCAGCAUGAUUGAUUUAGUCCGACAUGGUGGCUAAUAUGCUUGUUGGUUUUGAACACGUUCAUCAUAUUUUUCAAAGUAGAGAGAUAAGGGCAUGUUUACUGUUUGAUUGUUACGAUGAGAUUUAGUUCCUAGUCCAUCUUUCUCAA